AUGUCUAUAGACCAGGCAUCGCCACUGGUGCCGAUCAAGCCGCAAGUCGCUCUACAGAAUAGUGCGUUUAUAAAGAACAGCCAUAACCGGAGCAGUUUCUGUGGAGUGACACCUUCGCCGACGAAUGGCAAUGGAACGUUUAAAACAUUUGCCGUGAAUCGAAAGAGUUGGAGUGGGAAUGUCACCAUCCCACUGCAACAGUUCACACCAGAUGUUGAUACGAAACCGCAUCUAGCAACCUUCCGGUCUGGAACUGGAACUUUCCCGCGGAACAGGGAGCGAAACAAUAACAGCGCGUCCAACGGAAUAUUAACACCUAACGGGAACUCAGUGCAAACGCUGAGAGGAAAUGAAGUGAGGAGGAGCGGAUGCUCAAACGGCCGUCGCUACGCUGAGAUCGGAAACUGGAGUAAAAGGAAUGCAACAUUCCUCGAGCCCCACCUUCAAGGCAUAAGACACCGUGACAGUCGAAGUUCUGACUCGGAUCACGAUGAGCGCUCUACUGAGGACGAUGAGCGAGCCCUUAUUCAUAGCUCACCACGCUCUAGACUGCCCCCACCACCUCCACCGCCGCCCGAUGACGAACCUCCUCCGAUGAAACCUCGGGAAUACUUCGAAAGACUACAGAGUCGAGCUAUGAGAGAAGCACAGGAUCGGAAGCCGAGACGCGAAAUUAAAGAAGCUAGUCAGCUGUUUCCACCUGUUGAUGCUGAUGGCAGUCUAGGUGACAGUCUUAGUCAGAGUCGAGAAAGCUUAUCUUCAGACGGCGAAGGUGCUCGAGGUGAUUGCUCCUCAGUCAGUUCAUCAGGAUCUGGGUCGGAGGAGCAGCCACCAUGCGACAUUGGUCUACUGGAACGUCUGAUACGGACUCAUCCGGUUUGGUUCCUGCCCGGGAUUCAAAGAGCUGGCGCAUUUCACUUGCUGCAAGGAAAGGAGGAAGGCAACUUCGUGGUUCGUCAAUCAAGUCAGCCAGAUACAAUGGCGAUCAGUGUCCGCCUCCCAGCUGACAAGGGGCCCUAUAUCGAACAUUACCUUAUACAGGCUUCGGAUGGUCGCAUCGGCCUCGAGACGUCGCACAAUCGCUUCGACAACAUCCCUGAGCUGAUUGCGCAUUAUUCACAAUGCUGUGACGAAUUACCAGUUCAACUGCAGUUGCCACGGCCAUUGCGUGAAGCUAAAAGCCGUCAUCAACUCAGCUCGCUCACAUUACUUGGCCAGGAGUUUUGGGGAUAUCCAAUGGCAAAUCCUAAAAAUAAUUCCCAGAAUCUUGUGUCACCAUGUCAACUAGCCAAUGGUGUCAUACCAAUGGCUGUUACUCCUUCUGAUGCUGGCUCUAGUCUAAGCAGUUUUAAUGCAAGCGCAAGAACAAAUUCUCGAGAGCACGUCUUUAGUCCUGAUAAGGAACGAAAUUUAGUAUUAAAAAUGUCGCCAGUCGAUACAUCAGAAUCCCCACCGAACCAAAGUCAAAACCUUAGCACCUUCAAAGGAAGAACCGCUCCUUCACCACCUGCGAAGCCGAGCGGAAAUUUUGUGCGUGCACCAAGACCAACCCCACCAAAUACACUAAACCUUAUAUCAAGUACAGCUCAUAUCACGCAACCACAUACAUUUCCCAUAACAAACACACAACAUUCCCCCACACAAACGACCAGUGUAAAAACCACUCCCCCUCCACCACCACCAAGAUGGGCGAAACCACCCUUCACGAAGAUGUCACUAUCUCCAAAGUCAGAAGCCAAUUUAUUUAUCCCCAUUAAUAAGGCUUCACUGAAUGGAAAUAUGACAGUUUCAACAACUAUUACAGUCAGUGGUAGUAAUACACACCUUCACAGUAACCAAAUAAAUGAGAGCACACACAGCGACCGGUUGCAACUAACGCUUUCGUCUAAUGCCGCCAACAAUAACAGUAACGCAAUUACUGCAUUCAAACUGGACUCAGUCAAAAGCUUUUUCGAAUGUAAUGGGGACAUGCAGAAUAUGACGCAACGUCUGUCACCAGAAGGAGAGUGUGUCAAAGCCUUAACAACUAACUUACAUGGCAGCUUUAAAAGUCAAACAGUUGAGCAGAAUACCAGAGAACCAGAAUCACCAAUAAAUAAUAACUCACCAAUAGGAUCACAGUCUCAAACAAAUACUUCAGAAUCCAUAGAUCCUAUUGGCAACUCUCUAACAAAAUCUUGCAGUUUUGCCCCAAACCAAUUAGUAUCUCCAAAUGGAACAAACUCUAUUACUAGUGGAAUAUUUUCACCAACAAGUCAAAUAAAUUCACCAGUGUCUAAUGAUACAAUAUCUUCUAAAAGUGGGGUAUUUUCCCCCUCAAGUCAGACCAACAAAAGUGAGAUCUUUUCGCCAGUAUCCAGAAACUCGCCAGUUUCUAAUAAAAAUAUAUUCUCGCCCACCUCCAACCACAGCAUCUUAUCGCCUGUAACAGGCAAAGAUAAAAUUCUGUCUCCAAAUACGAAUACAACGAGUACUACGCCAUCUGGUAGAUCGAGGAGAAGUAAACACUCCUUACGAAAGGAGUCCAGACAUUAUCAGGAAUCAGACAUCUUAGAAUCACCAGGCGUGUAUUACAGAAGCUCAUUAUUAGAUAAAGUGAGCGAUUAUGAAGACAUUUGGGGACCAGAAGGUAAUAAUUGUUCGACGUUUAAACCCUUGAAAUCUGAAAAUGACAACAAUCUAAACAACGGUAUAAUGAAGAGCAAGAGACCUGAUCUUUUACCAGAUACACUGCCGAAAUUAAAUACAGCGAAAAGUACUCAGUCGAUUUUGGAAAAAGAAAACGUGCAUAUAAUGAAUUCAACGGAAAGCUUUAGCGAAAAGAAAAAUCUUUCUGAUAGUUCACUGAAGAAAAGUUUUAAUGGAUCUAGUGAAAUAAUAGCAACGACUAAUAGCAAGGGAGAGAUUGUGCCAAAAAGACCAGACAAACUAAAUAUUGCUUUAAACAUGAAUAAGAAAUUGACUGAAGAAAUUGAAGCAGCACUUAAACAUAGAGAGAAUUAUAGGAUUGAAAGUAUGGAGACUGUAAAAUUAGAAGAUGAUUGCACGGAGGAUGCAAUCGCUGACGAUUCUGAAAAAGAUAACACCGGUAGUCCAUUUUAUGCAGAUCCUGUUGAUGCAUUAAAAGAAGCUGUCCUUCCGCCAGUGCAACGAAGAAAGCUUUUAAGAGUAGGCGUUAGCUUGUCACAGAGAUAUUCAGAACCACCUAACCAGAAUCAUCCGUACUAUCCUCUAAGGGAUAUGCAUAGUAUUGAAGAACUGUCACCCUCGUCACCAAAUACGUCAUCUUCGGUGGACAAUCUGGUGUCGCUUCGCAACAAACCUAAAAUGCGCCCUGUGGAGCCACCACGGAUCAAUAAUAAACCACCUACUGGAAAAACUGAGCAACCUUGGGCUGUCGAUUCCAGCUGGCAGUUUAUUAAUAAAAAUGACGAGGGUUCGAACAGUGAAAAUGGUACUUUUCCAUCGCUGGCCGAACAAGAAACCAGACUCAGUGGAGUAGACGAGAACGCACAACAUCUCACUGUGCAUCAAGUUGUCGCACAGAAAUUUCCAGAAUUAAGACUGAACUCAGAACCGGUGGCGUUACCAGAAGAAGUACGAUCACCACCACGAGCUUCUUGCUACGACAACGUACAUGAACUGAGACCUUUAUCCGAACAGGCAAGUGACGAUGGCACAGUCUUCUCAGAACCGUGGGACAGCUCGCAAUGGGAUGGUCUUAUACCGCCCAGCAAUGGACAUCAAUCGUAUGAAAACGACGAACCAUGUGAGUGGGAGUCUCCUCUACCAAGAAGAGGGCCGGCCACUGCGUCGCGCUCUAAAAGCUUCAGAGAUCGCCUCGAUCCUUUACUAGCGGCGGGUCGAGUGCGGGCUCUUCGCGGUGGUCGCACAUCACGGGGAACAGGAGCAGCUUUAAGAGCAUACGCAUUACACCUGGCGCAAGACAAAAGCACAACCUUUGCCCAAAAUGUUGACAAUUUCAUCGCGUGUACCCUAGACUCGAAGGAGACCUGCCCACAGGUGAUGAUGCGGAAUAUAAGACAAUUCAUGUCGGGCAUGAAGAAUUAUCUUGUAAAGCACGGAGAGAGAGAAUUUGAGAAAGAAGUGGAAAAAGAAAGACUAAAAUUGAAACCGACGGAGUUCUUGAACCUGGACGCGAUACUAGAGGGCGUGAUGCACCGGCUAGUGGUUCGUCCGCUGCGCGGGCGGCUGUAUUCGCUGCUGGCGGCCUGGCACGCGCCAGACCUGCGCCGUCUACACGCCGCCAUCGAAAGAGCGCAACAUGCAACGCCACUCCAGCUCGGCGUCAAGGAAUCUACGAAGGUGCCCUCGUCAACUGUCUUAGCAGUGAUCUCAAAACAUUUCCUUAAAAUGCAAGAAGCUGACUCACCGCUGGACAAACUAGAAAACCUUCUGGCUGCUAUAUCUGUUAUGUUUAAUGCGAUGCGCGGCGAACGGACCUUAGGGGCGGAUGACCUGUUACCAGUAUUAGCGUGGACGGUAGCCCGAUGUCGGUUGGUUUGCGCUGAGCUAGAAGCCGAGCUAAUGGCAGGACUGCUUCCACCUGCACUGCUGGCAGGAGAAGGCGGUUACUAUCUCACCGCACUGUUCUCAGCAGUUGCGGUGCUCAAGAGACUCGCCCCCGAACCGGCGCCGGAUAGUUCUGCUCCCUGGCGGCGCGGGUCGUCGCCGCAGGCGUGGCAGGCGGCGCGCGGCGCGGCGGUGGUGCGCGUGGCGCUGCCGGACGAGUGCCGCGGCUCCAUCCGGCGCGUGGCGCUGCCGUGCCGCCCCGGCGCGCGCGCGCGCGACCUCUGCCGCGCGCUCGCGCACGCCGCCGCCAUCACCAACCCGCAGGACUAUGCGCUCUUUGCGUUACACGACGGACAAGAAACAAUGUUAAACGAGAACGACUGCCCACAAGAGGUCAUGUCAGAAAAAAGCGGAGAGAAUUUUAUACUGGCCUAUAAAAGGAUAGACGCUAAAAUUGCGUGGCCUCAACAGGCACUGUCGUCUUACCCGUAA